UGGUGACGGUGAUGAGUAUGUACAACUAGCUACGGACCAUAUAAUUGAUGAUGUAGUAGAGACAAUUGUUGCUACUAACUUAGCAGCAGAUACAUACAUGUGUGAAUAGAAAAUUUAUUUAAUAUGUUGCUUUAUCUGAAGGGUGCCUUUGUGCUUUAUCGCCUGUUUGAGAAGAAUGAUUUGAAGCAGGAUGAGCAUAUUGAGCGUUAAAUUUUGAUGAUGCUGAACUGAAUGCUACAGUUGCUGAUUUGGAUUGAUGCAGGGGCUUUCUACCUAUGUGCGGAUGAUGCUCUCAACACAAGCUCUUCUAAGUGCUAUAGGUGUUGGUGAGAAAUCCCCUACUGUUUUUGGGGCAACGUUUCAGUGGUUCUUGCGAGAUUUAACUGGUAUGGUUGGAGGCGUUUUGUUCACAUGUUGCCAGAUAAGUAGAUUGAUUUUAUUGACAAGAAGGAACAAUCCCGUGUGCAAGAGUUCCAUUCUGCAAACUCGGUCCAAUCAUCUUUAUAGGUUGGGGAGUCCCUAUGAGCGACACACCAAAGAAUAAGCAUGAUAACCUACAGCAGCACAACACAUACUUUCCUCUCCUUCAAGAAUUCUUCUAUUUCUUUCCCUCCAUGUAGUUCACAAAUUGCCUGUGGACUCUCUUACCACCCCCUCUUGACUUUCAGCUUCCAAAUAAUGCUAUAACAUACCUGGGGUAACGCAUCAGAUGGAAAAUAGAUUAAGCAUCAAAGUCUACAGGUUAGUCACAACUUUGUGGUGAUUGACAGAUGGUCCAUGUCCGUUCUCCAUCUCUUACACAUAUAUUUGUUGGUCUUCAAUGUUGCAGCAGAAGAUUGUAAAAUCUUAUGGAGUUAAGCUUCUUAACUAAUCUACCUGCUAAAUACUUUCAAAGUGUAAUUUACUUAUUUUCUCCAAUGUUAUAAUGUCCAUUAUCUUCUUCUUGACUGCUUAGUUGUUUGUCCUUCUGACUAGAAUAUUAUGAAAUUUCAAUUGCAGUAGCUUUCUGGUCUGUUAUUAAUUCACCCAUUUUAGAUGUUGGGUAAAUUUUGGAAAAGAGUUUUAAGCAGU